AUGAAGGUCCCCACAGACAACAUCCCCCGCAAGAGAGAUGCCGACUUUGAGAGCGUACGGACUCGCCUUACCAAGGAUCACAGUGGUAAAGGAGGUGAUCCGAAAGACAAGUACUUCCACGAAUCAACCUUCCACCCUCACAUGGACGGCCGUUUUGGUGACAGAGUUUUGGGCUACGAUGACCGCCGAUCAAAUCUCACUGCACUCAUGCGAACAUAUCUUUCCACCAUGAAUGACAUUGGCGCUGAAACUUGGAUCAUGCACGGAAGUCUGUUGGGUUGGUUCUGGAACAGGAAGAUCAUGCCCUGGGAUUCGGAUGUCGAUGUUCAGAUGACCGAAAAGUCAAUGGAGCACUUGAGCGACUACUAUAACAUGACUGUUCACCACUACAAACUCCCUUCAUUCCCGGAAGGUCGCGACUACAUGCUGGAAAUCAACCCUCAUUGGAGAAAUGCCAGUACUACCGACAAGCUCAACGUUAUCGACGCUCGCUGGAUUGACAUGAGCAACGGCUUGUUCAUCGACAUCACCACACUCCACCGCAACACUACCGCCGAGGCUCUUGGUAUUGAAGGCGCCAUGAUGUGCAAGGACAAGCACAAGUUCAACUUCACCGACAUCUUCCCUCUGCGUGAAAGUGUGUUCGAGGAUACUCCUGUCAAGGUUCCAUACGCCUACACCGAUCUUCUGGCCGAGGAGUACGGCACAAAGGCACUUGUCAAGACCACUUUCGAGAACCACCACUUCGACGAGGACAAGAUGGAAUGGAUUCCUCUCACGUAA